GCUGUGUUUUAGUGAGUCUUAUAGAUCAGAGAUGUCUCAGAAUGUUUAUGAUGUUAUCAGUAAUGAGGAGCUGGACAGAGGAGAGCAAGUGGAGAUGGUGGUUGAUAUCUAUGAGAGUGCAGACACUGUUAGAGGCCAUGAGCCCCACACAGAGAUGGAGGAGACCAGAACCAAGAAGAUCAUACAAACACAACAUUCAGGAAGCAGUUGCUACAGACUGACUGCAGUGUGUCUGGGGCUGCUGUGUGUUCUCCUGCUGACUGCCAUCACAGUGCUGUGGUUUAAAUUCACUAAAGAGAGAGACCAGCUACAGACCAGUAAUACCAACCCGACUAAAGAGAGAGACCAGUUACAGACCAGUAAUACCAAGCUGACUAAAGAGAGAGACCAGCUACAGACCAGUAAUACCAAGCUGACUAAAGAGAGAGACCAGCUACAGACCAAGUACACCAACCUGAGUAAAGAGAGAGACCAGCUACAGACCAGUAAUACCAAGCUGACUAAAGAGAGAGACCAGCUACAGACCAGGUACACCAACCUGACUAAAGAGAGAGACCAGCUGCAGACCAGGUACACCAUCCUAACUAAAGAGAGAGACCAGUUACAGACAGAGAGAGAUGGAUUCAGUGAGAAGAAUAGUGAACUUGAGAGACUUAUUAACCAACCAGGAUGGAGAUACUUCAGUUGCAGUCUUUAUUACAUCUCUACUGACAGGAAGAGCUGGGAUGAGAGCAGACAGGACUGCAGAGCGAGAGGAGCAGACCUGCUGAUCAUAAACAGCAGAGAAGAACAGGACUUUACUGAAAAGCUGAGAGGAGGUCAGACAGCUUGGAUUGGUCUGAGUUACAGACUCAUAGAGGGAGUUUGGAGAUGGGGAUGGGUUGAUGACUCAGCAGUGACCACUAGCUUCUGGAGACCUGGACAAACAUAUAUGUAUCGACGAUCAUGCGUCAUAACUGGCUCUGGGUCUGAUCCUGUACUGAACUGGAGUAAUAUUAACUGUUAUGAACAGCAUGUGUGGAUCUGUGAGAAGAGACUAUUUAGUUAAAGUGAAUUUUGUGUUUAGAACUGAUCCUCUUUAAUCAGAACUGAUCUGUGUUCUGAUAUUUGAUUUUCUGAUGGUUGGAGGAUUCAGACUGUAUAAAGAGUCAUUUUUAGACAUGAAACAAUCAAGAUCAGGAACAAAGCCUGUUUUACAAGAAUGAUUGUGUUACAAAUCUUGAAAUAGGUAAAUAUUGAUUUUCUCUGGCACAUGAACUUGAAGUGAUGUCAUUAUAAUAAUCUAAAAACAGCAAAGACUGGAUAAAUUGAUCUUAGCAUUUCCAUAAAACCUGAUUUCUUGAGAUGAGAAAAUUUGAAGAAGCUUCAAGCUCAGUUCUGGAGAAACUUUACUUUUAAAUCUGAUCUGUUGAUUUUAAGAUGAACAGACUAGACUAGAUCUGAAUGUAUGAGAUGAAUCAGCUUGAAAACGUUUGGAGCUCUUCACUAGAAAAGAUGAAAUUUCUUGAUUGAUUGUAAGAAUGUAGAGUGUUGGUGUGUUUUUAGAUUAGAAACCUAAACAAAGUUUAAAGGUUUCUUCUUUUAAUGCGGAGAUCUUUAAAACUCAAGUUCUGUCAAAAUCAUUUAUUUCAUUUGAAGUCUGUAUAAUUAGCUGAAUAAGUUAACUGUAGACUAAGUUUCUAAAAGGUAUCUGAUUAAUCUCAUACUUACUAAUCUAGUCUAGUCUGUUGAUCUAAACUGAAAAACAAGACCUUUUGUGCAUUUUCGAGAUUUCCUGGUUUGUUGAGAUUUCAUUUGUUGCAUUUGCAAUGAUUUGUUCAUUUGUGUCAGCGUCAUGCAGGCUGAAGAUUCCCCACAGGGGGCGCUGUAGGUGCCAUUCGUAAGAACACUGCUUUGCCUCAGGAGCUAGAUUUACAUAUUUUAUGCAUAUUUGGCAGAUUAACAUAUUGAAUAAAAAUCACUAUUUUUACAGCAAAUCAGAUGAAGAGUUUGACACCUGCUUGAGUGGAAUGCAAAGAUAAACAGGACCUUCCAGCGUAAAUUGGUGGUUCAGUGGUGGGAUUCUCACCUGGGUUCGGUUUCUGGCCAAUGCACAGCCUUGUUUUAGGGCAGUCGUGGGCCAAAGGGUGGGUCACCGGUUCGGACCCUGAGCUGAGACUGCAUGACUGAAGUGCCCUUGACCAAGGUGCCUAGCCCCCAGGAGCUCCCCAAGUGUUAUGGAUAGGGAUGCCCACUGCUCUGGGCAAGUAUGCACACUGCCCCCUAGUGUGUGUGCAUUCACUAGUGUGUAUGUGGUUUCACUGCAUGAAUGGGUUAAAAUGUAGAGGUGAAAUUUCCCUGUUGUGGGUUUAAUUAGGGUCACUUAACUUAAACAGAUCUAUAUAAUGUAAAAUGUGAGCACAAUAAAAUGAUACGACUGAUCAAGUGAUUCUGUUUUUGUUGAGCUGUGGAUACAAAACUGGACAGAAGGCAGCAGAUACCAGUGAACUGAUAAAGAAAUGGAAACACUUUUAUGAUGAUGUGAUAAAACAGUCAUAUUAAACAAAACAGCAGCGAGAAGUUACUCAGCAUUGAAGAUUUCUCUGUAAACUAGGAGCAGAUUUCUCAGAAGUUUGUGAUGAAAUGCUGUGAAAUGAAAUUUAAACAGAAUGACAUUAAACUGAUUUUGCUGAUU